UGGCGGAAGGAAGCACGUGACACCUGCGCGCAUUCAUGCCAGGGGAGUGUCUCAGCAGAUGAUUAAUGGCUGACGCACAGCUCUUGAGAAGUGUCAGCAAUGAGCAGUCACGCGCGCAGCUUGUCAGAAAUCCUGUCCAAGGUUAAGUAAUGAGGUAGAGAGCGAGCGCAGUUCUUUGUCUGGUGAUCCACAGUGGAAGUGGUUUGGUCUUAAAAGCCUCGUCUGCGUGGUGGCAGUCGCGUGGUUAAAGCAGUCCUGUCCCCUUGCGUCGUUUCGGUUUGUUACGGAAAACGGCUUUUCACACGCGCAGGAAGAUCCUCUGGAAAUUGAGCCUCGCAUCGGGGUAGAAUCGCGCUAAUAUUCUGCAGCGCAUCACAUGUUUUUUUUUGCUGGAGACGCCGUCCAGCACCGAAAAAUGUAGCAAUGAGAGCCGCGUGUGCAGAUAGUUUACAGGAAUUGUAUGUCCAUUAGUGCGUGAUGCUGGUUUUGGUUCUUUCGUAAUUGAGUGGCGCGGCAUUGGCGCUAAUGAGCAUAUGCUGGCAAUUAAAGGCGACGCCUUCAUGUGUACGUAUGUCCCCCUGGAAGCAGCACCUGCAUACACGCGCGUACACAGAUGCACACGAAAUGGCACCACGCGCACGGACACUCCCCGGCGCUAUCUUCACCACAGUGCAGAUAAGACUUGACUCACUGAGAUAAGGGAGCUAGAUUAACUCGCGCUCAGCACGCCGCAGUUGGUCCACCGCCGCCGCCGUGCUAGCAUAAGAGGGUGUGGGCGCUGUGGCGUGCGGGGAAUGUGUUAAGUGAAGAAGGUGCCGAGUGUAAAUCGCGCGAAGAGGACACGGAAGCAUAGUUGGGCGAGGGCCUGCGGGCGAGAUGGUGGCGCAGGCGAGGCCCGGCGAGGGAACAUGAGUGCGCCGCGAACGAGGGCCGGAGGCGGGCGGACGGAAGUGGCGGCGGCCUUCGGGAGGAGCGGCCGCGUCGGGGACCAUGUCGGAGGGAAGGCCGAAGGAGGGAGUGAAGCGGAGGAGUGAGGGGGACUCGAGGAGCCGAAGGAGAAGGGACAGGAGUGGGGAAAGUAGGCUUGAACGAGGUAGAAGUGUGGAAAAGGCGAUGGACGAUGGUGGCGGGGACAGAGGAAGAAGGGACAGGGCGGACGCGAGUGGCGGGGAGCGGCAGGAAAGGGGCGGACGCACGAAGGGCGAGAGCGAGAGAGAGGUGAGAGCGAGCAGAGGCGGUAGAGACUCCAGAACAAAUGAUCGUGACAGAAGCCCCGGGAGGAGGGGCGGAGGCGCCAGCGGCGGACGACAACGCCGGGAUGAGUCGAACGCCGGAAGUGGACGAAGGCGACAGGACCUUCGAGCAAGAGGGAGGGAGGCAAGUGCCAUGGAAGGCCCGUCGCCGAGGCUGCGGCAGGCGCCGAGAGAGCGACGGCCGCUGUCUGCCAUCUUCCUGGGCUGCGUCUCGCCCAGCGGCUUCGAGGAUCAGCGCUUCGAGCGGAGGAGGAGCGAGGACUACGCACGGCGCCACUCGGUGGUGUGCGGCGAGGCGGGGAUUCCCGAAAGUGGGUCCUCGCCCCGACAGGAGGAUUCCGCCGUCAGGAAGGUGCACUGGAUCAGGAGCCUCUCCUCGUCGCUCAUUGCUCUCGGCAGACGGACGCCUCCCGGGGCGGACGUCGGCGUCAGGCGGCGGUCGCUGGUAUCCGGGGAAGAGAAGCUCGGCGGCAGAAAUGCCUCAGGUACCAAUGGCGACCGCCUUGAGGCCAGGGAUGGCCCCCAAGGGCUCUCUGGCUCCCACGGUGCCCUCAGCCCCCGCCACAGAAGUAGCCCUUCAACUGCCCGCACCUGCACGAUGGGCGGAGGCCACGGGAGGAGCAGGAGAGUGAGCGAGGGCACAGGCCGUAGUCUCUCUUCCAUCGAGGAGAGCGGCCGAGGCUGCACACGCACUCAGGAGAGCAGUCGCAGCCUUGCUUCCCCGGACGGAGGGAAGAGGGGAGAGAGAGCCCGCGCCUCAAGUCAAGGCGGCCUGAGCCACACCUCGAGUCGCACAAGCGGCGGAAGCCUCACGUCUAGUCAGAGUCGAGCCUCUGCAGACGACCGGGAGAGCCAGGGCUCCGGCAAAGGUAGUGGGCGAAGUCAGGGCUCCAACGACCGAAGCGGCGCCUCGGACGAAAGGGGCGGCCGAGGGCGCGACUCGAGGUCUGACGCGGGUGAGCGAGGACGUAGACGCGCAUUCGGCGAAGUAAGGAAUCGCCGACGAGCCUCGAGUGUGGGUGGUGGCCAGGGGCGCAGCGCUGCCGAUAUCGACGGACGCAACUACCCUGCGAGUGAUGGCACUGACGGAGUCCGCGCGCCAGGCGAAGGGGGUGCUCGAAGGCGCGCUCUGAGUGAGGGCAGCCGUUUCGACGAUGAGGAUAGCGCUCGAAGGCGAAUCUCAGGCGAAGACGCCAUCCGGAGAGGCGCGGCCGUUGCCUCGCCCAGUGAAGACCUCCCCCCGGAACGUGCACCCGGGCCGCCCACCCCGUCGACACACGCAGCCGGUCACACUCCGAAGUUGCCUCUGCGUCGCAGAAGACCCGUGAAUAAGAGGAGGCCGCACCGCGCCCGCCCUCGCUCCUGCGGGGAUCUGGAGGAGAGGGUGGGCAGGACGGGGCCUCCCGAAGAUGAGGCGGCCAAGAGGAAAGACGGCAAUGCCCGCCCCCCCGCCGUCGUGCAGCGUGAAGCGCGGGCCAGCAGGACAGCCCGAGAGCGCCCGACGUCGUUCUCGGGGGAAGCCCUGGCGAUCCCCGCCUUCCCCCAGAACGCCCUGGCGCUCCACUCCCACGGCGCCGCCCGGGAAAGGUCCUUCGUCACCAUGCUCCUGCAGUACUUCCAGUGGCUGCAGGCCGACGCCAUUCUCAACGAAGAUGGGAGCAUAUACAGGAGAGGAGCGAGAAGAUGGAGGAAGCUGUACAAAGUCAACGGCCAUAUCUUCCAGGCCAAACGAUUCAACAGAAGAGCUUUCUGCGAAUUCUGCAAAGAUCGCAUUUGGGGCUUGGGUCGGCAGGGUUUCAAGUGCACCCAGUGUAAGCUGCUGGUGCACAAGAAAUGUCACAAACUUCAGAAAGUGCAGUGCAAUGCCGACUUGGACACGUCAACAGACACCCUGGCGUCCCACGACUCGUCCACCCUGCCCCGAGGGGGAACCAACGGGAGGAUGGCCGUAGACUACACUGCAGACGUCUCAGACCCUGGGAUAACAGAGGAAACCCCUGUGGAGAUGCCAGCCAUUACAGGUCCAAGCAGUGAGCCCAUGACUCCCACGGGCUCAGCGGGCCAGUACUGCUUGGAUGACUUUGAGUUGAUUCGUGUCAUUGGCCGUGGGUCGUACGCGAAGGUGCUGAUGGUGGAGCUGAAGAGAACUAAACGCAUCUACGCCAUGAAGGUCAUUAAGAAGACGCUAGUCACAGAUGAUGAGGACAUAGAUUGGGUUCAGACAGAGAAACAUGUGUUUGAGACAGCUUCCAAUCAUCCCUUCUUGGUUGGACUACAUUCGUGCUUCCAAACUCCGUCCCGCCUCUUCUUUGUGAUCGAGUUUGUUCGUGGAGGUGACUUAAUGUUCCACAUGCAGAGGCAGCGACGUUUGCCUGAAGAACACGCCAGGUUCUAUGCCGCGGAAAUUUGCUUAGCGCUGAAUUUCCUUCAUGAAAAAGGUAUUAUAUACCGUGAUCUUAAGCUGGAUAAUGUAUUACUGGACCAUGAGGGACAUAUUAAGCUAACAGAUUAUGGCAUGUGUAAAGAGGGAAUUCGACCAGGAGACACAACGUCCACUUUCUGUGGAACACCAAACUACAUUGCACCGGAGAUUUUACAAGGAGUUGAAUAUAGCUUCAGUGUUGACUGGUGGGCAUUAGGAGUCCUCUUGUAUGAGAUGUUGGCCGGCAAGAGUCCCUUCGACAUUGUGGGGGCUUCAGAUAAUCCAGAUUGCAACACUGAAGACUUCUUGUUCCAAGUGAUCUUGGAGAGACCCAUCCGUAUUCCACGGUCGCUCUCCGUGAAGGCCGCUUCAAUCCUCAGAGGCUUCCUCAACAAGAACCCAGUCGACCGUUUAGGAUGUCACCCUGAGACCGGCUUCACUGACAUCGUCACUCAUCCAUUCUUCAAGACCAUAGAUUGGGAAAUGUUGGAGCAGCGGCAGGUACCCCCGCCCUAUCGCCCCAGGCUAGACUCAGACCGUGACUUGGCUAACUUCCCGCCAGAGUUCACAGAUGAGCCUAUCCAGCUAACACCAGAUGACGCGCGCGCCAUCGAGAACAUCGACCAGAGCGAGUUCGAGGGCUUCGAGUACGUGAACCCGCUGCUGAUGAGCAUGGAGGACUGCGUGUAGGAGGCUCAGGGCAGCUCCAGGACCCCCUUCCCGCGCUCAACCCCACGCCCCGUCCAGGGCGGCGGAGGCGACGCCGGGCUUCACGACACGGGGAGGGGCGAGGGGCCUCGUCGCUCAGUGCCUUGAGGCCGCGGCAGGCUUCCUUCCUCCCUUCUCGGCGAAGUCCUCCUCCGGCGGGGGGUCAGCUGCCCCUCGCUCGCUCGCGGGCAGCCGCCGGGACCUGGCGCGGCUGCCUGCCUCGCCGACGGAGAAGCACCUUGAAGCGAUCAGCUACCUCACGUCCUUCAGAACCAGGAUGAUCAGCUCCGUUGAUGUAAUAUUUCUGUGAAUAAAACUAAAGUGGCCUCUUCAGCUGCGGCGGAGGCCCUUCAGCCUUUGUGUGGCGACUGCGCAGCUACUUGCAGUGCAGCUUCGUUGUGGAGGCAGCUGCGCGCGGGCGGGGCCGGCGGCAGCAAAUCCUUUCACGUGCAGCUAGUGCUCGCCGCCCAUGCUGUGUACAUACUGAAUAGGUUUUCGAAACUGACGUAACAUGUGCCAAGUCAUGCAAGUCUUGACUUGUAUGGGGAGCAGCUGUGCCUCCGCGAAUCCAAGGGUGAGCGCCAGCGCGGGCGUGGGUGAGGUGCUCAGUUGGAGUCGCCGUGAGAACCGACGCCGCCCGCCCUCCAGCCCGCCUGAUGCGACGCCAGCGCUCGGUCGGGCGUCGGCUGGCGCGUCCAGAGUACAAGGUGUGGAUGCCCAAGGGUCGGGGAAGAGACAAAGGAAAGGGGGAAGGGUAGGGGCGGCCCGCAGGGGCGUGUGAGCACGCAGACGGGGACCGAAGGCGCUGGUCCGCUCGGCCUCGGCAGCGCGGGGUCACGGGGUCUCCCGCCGCCCUGGGGCAGCAACGGAGUGCUUUCAGGUAGUGUACUCGCCGCCCACUCGUUCCCCGCCGCCACCGGGGAUUGUAACAGCAAGGAAGCACGAGGCGCCCUCUGGGGCGCUUGUCAAAUUGAAUGGCUUAGGCGCCCCUCUCCUCCCCCUGCCCUUCCCCUUUACCCCCCCCCCCCCCGGCUUGAACCAUACCAUGCUCUAAGGUUUCACCAUCUGCUCUCGCUACCUUCUCCUCUGGCCUUUCUCCUCUCCCCGCUUAUGCUCUUGCCCCCCCCCCCCCAUCCGUAGCCCUCCCCUUCCCGUCGCGAAGACAGCGCCCACGGGGACUGCGGGAAAUGUGUGCGUAAGGCGCUUGUCUCCCGUGAUAAGCGAAGCCCCGUGUGUGAGGCGAUCCGGGCGCCUCCCUGCGGGUCUCAGAUCUGCAUACCGCAUGCUCUUGCCCCCAUAGGUUCUUGGCCCGGCGUCCAAUCUCGUUAUAAUGCAGCCAAGGCCGCGGCGCCGUGUCCCGGGCCCCUCGAGCGUCCACGGAUGCGCGGCGGCGUGAGGAAGGGCACGGUUUCAUGGCCGGUGUUGUCGUGUCGACUGCGAGAAGCAGAUCUGAUUAUCCCAUCGGAGGAGAUUGCGGUCGAGUUACUUCGCCUCGAUAAUCACACCUUGCAUACACUCCGUGGCUUCCUUCCCUCCGCCCCCCCUCUCUCCUUCCACCCCUUCCCUCCGUUACCCUCCCCUUCCCCUUACCUCUCUUCCCCCCUUCCCCCCUUUCCU